AUGACUGUCAGAAAUGUCGCAACAGAACUACCAGCAGAACCUGCCUCUUGCAAAAAGAAAAAUCCAAAUAAAAACCAAGAAAAAAGAAAUAAAGAAAAGAGUCAGAAAGAAGAAGAGCAGUCAAAACAGAUGAAAAAAUUAUAUGCAAAGUUAGACUCGCAGCAAGAACUAAUCAACGAGUUACUCAGAAGUGGUAUUGAAUUAGCAGCAAAGGGGAAGUGGGAAAAUUCGGCUGAUUUAACGGAGCCGAAGCAUCUAGCAACGGAAAUUCAGACAAUAUACAAGAAUGAAUGGAGAAACACUAAAAAGUCAUUGAUUGCUGAAUUGCAGAAUGGCAAUAAAAGUGCAGCUCUACCUACAUCGUUUUUGGUGGAAUUUUAUGUUAUCAAAUGGUUAAGCUACAUACUGCAGGAAUGCCAUACUUUUUGUUUGACGAAGGCAAACUUACCAAUAUCACAGUUUUUCGCAGCAUUGAGCACAAAUUCAAAACUGGAGUUUGAUAUGGUAGGCACCGGCUUAGUUAUUGAAAUUACCGUUUGUUUCUAUCUUAUAAUAUUUGAUUAA